AUGAGGAAAAGUUCGGCUUUUUCAAAGCCUGAUCGAACAACAUUUAGGAUUCUGUUUAAGCGUUAUGUUUCAGCUCAUCUUGUCAAAGAAGCUAUUGAUACUUUUAAUAGAAUGGAAGAAUUUAAUUUGAAAGAUGAAGGUUCCUUUUCGAAUUUGAUUGAUGCCUUGUGUGAAUAUAAGCAUGUGAUAGAAGCUGAAGAAUUGUGCUUUGGAAAGAAUGGAGAUUGUGCUGAAGUGCUAAACUACAAAUUGGAUACGAAAAUAUACAACAUUAUUCUUCGCGGGUGGUUUAAGAUUGGGUGGUGGAGGAAAUGUAGGGAGUUUUGGGAAGAAAUGGAUAAAAGGGGUAUUCCAAAAGACUUGCAUUCUUAUUCUAUAUAUAUGGAUAUACAAUGCAAGAGUGGGAAGCCUUGGAGGGCAGUGAAAUUGUUCAAGGAGAUGAAAAGGAAGGGGGUUAAGUUGGAUGUAGUGGCGUAUAACACACUUGUUCGGGCUAUUGGGAUUUCAGAAGGGGUAGAUGUAUCACUUAAGCUUUACCGAGAGAUGAUUGAAUUAGGUUUUCGACCAAAUAUAGUGACUUAUAACACAAUUUUGAAGCUUUUGUGUGAAAAUGGGAGGUACAAGGAUGCGCAUAAAUUUUUCAAUGAGAUGUUAAACAAGGGUUGUGAACCAAAUGUAAGAACGUAUAAUUGCUUUUUUGGAUGUCUUCAAAAGCCUGGAGAGAUUCUAAAGUUGUUUGAUAGGAUGAUUGGAACUGGAGUUCAGCCAACAAUGGAAACAUAUGUCAUGCUUAUGAGGAAGUUUGGGAGGUGGGGUUUUCUACGACCUGUUUUACUUGUCUGGAAGAAGAUGGAAGAGCAUGGAGUGAGUCCAAAUGAAUUUGCUUACAAUGCUUUGAUUGAUAUUUUGGUGCAAAAGGGUAUGGUUGAUAUGGCACGUAAGUAUGAUGAGGAAAUGAUGGCUAAAGGGUUAUCUGCUAAGCCCAGGGUAGAACUUGGGACCAAGCUGAUAAGUGGUGGACCUGAAGAUGGUUGA